AUGCCAGAAGAUAAAACCGUUGAAACAAUGAUUGAUCAACUGGAAUGGAAGCCAAUGGAAAAAACAAUAAACGAGAACUGUAAGGAAGCAUUUAAAAAGUUGGAGAAGAUCUUGCAAAACACAGAAUGUUCCAAGAAGACGCGAUUAAUGCACUAUGAGCAGAAAGUACAAAAUUGUAUAAGGGAACAGUUAGAUAACAUAGUGGCUGAAGCACAAUCAAAGAAGCUAUUGUUAAAAACCAUAGAGGAUUGGAAAAAGCGAGAUUGUGUCUCACUAGCACUUUUUAGUUUUCCCAAUUCUUCUGCGGCAUUCUAUGCCCUAGUGCCCAAGACCUAUGACCAGAUUCCAUUGAAUGAAGUGGAGCAAAUGCUUCAAGCAGAUCUACAAAAUUUGGAACGCAUGAAAGAACGUAUGAUGUUACUGAAGGAAUUGUUGGCGAAGGAACAUAACAUUUGUGAGAAACUUGGUAUCAAAAUUGAACUUAAUAUAGAUGUAUUACUUUCUGAACAGGAACUCGAGAGUUUCAAGUUGUAUCUACAGAAACAAGAGAAUGAGAAAAUACAUUUGCAAAAUGUUUUUACGGAAAUACGUCAUUCUAUAAUUAAAAUGAUGAAUGAUUUGGAUAUAGUUGCUUCUUCGUCAUUUGAACAAUUGAUUUGCGACAAUCCUGAGGAGUUUGUACUAAAUGCAAACAAUAUGGCAAAAUUGAGAGAGUUUCGAGACAAAUUAAAGACGCAAGUGGAAGAAACAAAAUGCGAGAUUGAGAAAAUGAAAGAAUUAUUGACAUUGUGGAAGUAUCUUGACAAACCUGCUGACAUUUAUCAAUCCUUUCUUGACAGAUAUCCUGGUUACGGCACAAAUCUGUUAAAAAAUUACCUCUAAACGGUUCUAAACCAGACACGUCUCACCUCAUUGUUAGAGCUACAUUGGAUUUAUCGAAUCGCAAAUUGAUCCCCGCAUCUCCUAAUAUAUCGGCAAAAAAAUGAAACAAACACAGCGACAAAACUAAACCUACUGUUACUGCAUCUAAGAUUAAAAGAAGUGGAAGACUUACAAAAAUUAUUAUAUCAAAACCAAGUAGAUCUUCCAAAGGUGGACAGAGAAGAAAGGAAUCGUCACCCAAUAAUAAUGUAGUAGAUACAACGUACAAUAAAUUCCAAGGCCAUAUGACAUACAGAAAAGAAUUGCAAGUUGAAUGCUGCCAGACCAAAUACUAAAAACCAGCAAUAAACUCAAUAUCAAAAGAACACCAAUAGUGCGAACGCCCAUGAAGCCAUUGAGGAAAAAUCUCUCUGCCGCUAUAACGCCUAUCAGUAGUUCUGCGCACAAACCACUGUACAGUCCCAGAACAAUGUAAACUCCAAAAUUAGCUACGAAUAACUAACCUUUUUAUUUUUAAGAAAAAAAAUUUUUAUUUAUUGACUUAUUUACUUUUUAUUAAUCAAAUAAGAAACGAUGUUUAUUAUAUAUGUUUUGUAUCUCUCCCUAGAAUAAAUUGUUACACAUUUGCUGUAUAUCUUACAGAUAUAAUUUGCGCCAAAGUAAAUAGUAUUAAACAUUGUUAAAUAAUGUUAAAAAUGUUUAAUGUUUAUUUUGUCAUAAUUUAUAUGUUAAGAUAUAAGCAAAUG